CCACGUCCUCCUCCGUCGCGCGGCUGCUGCUGGUGCGGGGAGGUGGGGAGGGAAAGCGGCGUCGCAACUCCCCCGCCUCGAACCGACAUGUUGCCGCGCACGCACUCCCACCAGGCGCGGCGGCGCUCCGGCCUGGGCCCGCAGCUCUGCGCCGCUGCGGCCGCGCUCCUGCUGCUCCUCUCCCUCGCCGUCCUCCACUCGCGCCUCUCCUCCUCGUCCUCCUCCCGCUUCCCCACAUCCGCCUCCCGCUCCCGCUCCUCCACGCCCGCCGCCGACUCCAACAACUCCUCCGCUCUCCUCGCCGACGAGGAGGACGAGGACGUGGCCGCCGCGCUCGACCCGCUGCUCACCGUCGCCACCACCACUGCCGCCGCCACCGAGGGCGAUUCUCUCGCCAACGCCGACGACGAUCGCAUCGAUGAGCUCGACGUGUUGGACGAGGACGCCGUGGGCGCCGACGCGGCCGACUCCGCCUCCGCCUCUACGGCGGGAGCCGCCACACCCCUCGUCUGGGACCACGUCGCCGGCGCCGCUCGCCUGCCGUUCCGCCUCCCCGCCUCCGGCCAAUCCCUGCCCGCGGGGCUGCCGCGCCUCGACUCCCCGCGUCGGAUAGCCGCCGCGGCCUUCGGAUCGGACGACGAGCUGGUGGAUCUGGAACUGCGGGUCGAGAUCUCGUCCAUCGCCGGUAUCGAGGACGCGCUGCUCCUGAAGCCCGCCUCUGGUAAGGCCGCCGAGACGCGGCUCCGCGUCGGGUGGGCGCGCUGGCUUGAGGGGAAGGCCGACUACCUACGGCGCGAUCGGAUGCUCCGCUCCAACCUGGAGUCCCUCAAUCCGCGCAACCACCCGCUGCUCCAGGAUCCGGACAGCCCCGGCCUCACCUCUCUCACCAAAGGCGACCGCAUGGUGCAGCGAAUGCUACUGGCCGAGCUCGACAAGCCCGCGUCCAAGAGCUUUGAGCGGCGUAGGCUUCUAUCUUCCGAGAACAAGCAGAGCAUGGGAACAACUAUGAAGGAGAAGCCGCAGAAGGGAAGGAGGUGGGGAUAUUUCCCGGGGGUUGAUCCACAUUUGGGAUUCUCAGAGUUCAUGGAGAGGUUCUUCGAGCAUGGGAAGUGCUCCAUGAGGGUGUUCAUGGUGUGGAACAGCCCACAGUGGGCCUAUGGCAUCAGGCACCAGAGGGGAUUGGAGAGUCUACUCAAGCAGCACCCAGAUGCCUGUGUAGUCAUGCUAUCGGAGACACUGGAGCUAGAAUCCUUCGAGCAAUUCGUCAAGGAAGGAUAUAAAGUUGCUGUUGCGUUGCCAAAUCUUGAUGAACUUUUGGAAAGCAGUCCAGCUCAUGUAUUUGCAUCAGUGUGGUAUGAAUGGCGGCAGACAAAAUAUUACCAUUUGCACUACAGUGAGCUAGUACGCCUUGCUGCUCUUUACAGAUAUGGUGGAAUAUACCUUGACUCUGAUGUUAUUGUACUUAAACCUUUAACAUCGCUCCGGAAUUCUAUUGGUGCUACAAAUCAUGUCUCUGGAAAUUCCAGUUUUGGUGCUGCUGUGUUAGCAUUUGAAAAACAGAGCCCUUUAUUGGAGGAGUGCCUUAAGGAAUUUUAUUCGACAUAUGAUGAUACCCUCAUGCAGUGGAAUGGGGCUGAACUUAUGACAAGAGUGAUAAGCAAUCUUUCUAGCAAAGCAGAUGAAAAUAGGGGGUAUCUUGACAUUAAGUUGGAGCCCUCUGUGAAAUUUUACCCUAUAAGCUCUACUGACAUUAUACGAUAUUUCUCAGAGCCAGAUAAUAUGGUCGAAAAAACACAUCAUGAUGCAAUCUUUUCUAGGAUCGUGAAUGACUCUAUCACUUUCCAUUUUUGGAAUGGCAUCACGUCUGCACUGGUGCCUGAACCCAGCAGUGUUGUUUCGAAAAUCCUUAACCGUUACUGCAUCCGUUGCCUUGAUGUUUUAUAGUUGCAGCAGUCAUUUUGGUUUAGAACACAACACAUACACAGAAGAAUUCUUCCAUUGGGUACUCAGAAUGGCUAUGUUAUAUUGCUGAAUCUUACAGAACAUUGUGGUGGGGAAAAAUACCGGCAGCACUGUGUAUAUAUUCCUUUCACCAAGCCUUGUGCCGGAGCUGCGCCUGCAAGCAAGUGCAAGCAUGUUGACUUGACUAGUUAUUUUACCAGUUGUCGAUAGCAAAAAUCUUCAUACUGGCAAUACAGACUGCAAGAACUGAAGGCAUUUGGAACUAGAGAGUUUUGACUAGUUCGGUACCCUUCUAUAUUUGCACAUAUACUGAUAAUUUUCACAAUUUGAUAUUUUUAAAAUGACAUGAUUGAUGUAAGACAGAUUAGUAGAAGUUAAAGGUCCAUGUACCGAAUUCCCUGGUUUAUCGAGAUCUCUUGUAAGCUUUUAUUUCUCAGAGCAUGAAAAUGUCUGAAUUAACGACUUGGGAACAAGCAUGUUAGCACA